CUGUUGCUGCCGUUGCUUUGCCCAGAGGGGCUCAAACAAAGAUGUGGUGAAGACUCCUCUGGACCUCCUCCCACACCUCUCAGUGCUCAUGAACUGACCUGGUGCUUGACUUAGAGGAACUUCUGCAUUCCCAGGUGGUGCCAGGGAGCUAAUGCCCCUGGAUGGCUCAGCCCAGGGAAGGAGCAGUGAAUGGGAUGUUCAGUGCUGAGAUCUUUCUCAUACCUCCCUUUGGAAGUGGCUUCUGGCAUUAGCCACUGUAGAAGACAGCAGCUCUCCCACAGAUCAUCUCUAAAGUGCUUCUCUACAUGCUUUUGCACAGCUCCUAAGUGGAGACUCUGUUCCAUGCUUGGAUGAGGCUUCAAAAGACAUGAAACCAAGUAAGCAGAGCUCUAGCACAGCUGAAAGAUGGAUAACAGUUUUGCAUCUGGAGAAUCAGAUCCUCUAGCUGAUGUGGCCUUGGCUUGGAAGAGUCUUCAGGAAGCCCAAGCAGUGCUACAAAGGAUUGAAAACAAAUUCUAUCAUCAAACAUGGAGUUGUGCCAAAUCAGAGGCAGCCAGAAGAAAGCUUUGGCACGAAUCAAGCUUUGAUAGCAAAAGGAACAAAGAUGAAACAGCUUUGAAUGAGAAUAAGAGGACUGAGAUUCCUUCAGCCUUCAGAAAGGGAAACUGUGCUGCUGUCUCCCCGGCUUGGUCACAGAGCUGUUUCCUUGAGGGCCCUACUGUGAGCUCAUGUGCAGCCCAAAUGAACCCUCUGUCCCCCAGGGCAGACUCAAGCUCAGCACCUGCAGAUGGCAAAGACACAGCUGGGAGAUGGUCUCCUGCAAAGAGCCUGUAUGGACCAGGAAGGGAUCAUUUCAGGGAGCAGGCAGAUUCAAGAGGUCAUAUAAUACAAGAGGAGAAAUCUCCCUCCUUUCUGCAUCACCCACCUCACUUCCCUGCAGGGAGUGGUCUGUAUGCAGUUGUCCCAUAUGGCAGCUGUAGCAAUGCUCCUGUGCCCAUGGCUGUCCUGCUCCCUGCAUACCACCUUUCAUCAGCCAGCAAGCCCAGUGAUCAAAAGCUGGAAGAGUUGUGGAAAAAAUCACCUCAAAAUAAGUUAGAGCAACUCAAGAAGAGAAUCCAGGAGCAGAAGCAAAAGCAGCAAGCAGCAUCUCAGGAUCAAAAGUGUCUGAUUUCUGUCUAUGCUAAAGAAUCCUUGCAAAAGAGAUCCUUGAAGAGAAAGGUGUGCAAAGUGGCAUCUGCUCCUCCUGCUCCAGUUUACAGAGACCAAAGAGAGAGAAGCCCACCAUGGAGAAUUCAAACACAAAGCCAGAGGCAGCCUUCACACAGGUUCUCUGUUCUGGAGAGCACAGCAACAAGUAAAGGUGCAAAGCAACCUGGUGCUUCUGCAUGGAGAGAAGGUCAGAAGUUAGCUAGAAAGUUGCUUGGUCCACCCCCUGCACUUACAAAUCUGAGGAGCACAGCUGAAGAGCAGACCACAGCAAAUAGCUUUGAACCUAGUAGAGGAUUUACAGCAAUGUCAGUCAUGGAAAACAGCUCCAAAGAAAAGGGAAAUGAAACUGUGGGGAAAAGCCCAGAAUUCAAAAGCUGCAUGAUUCCUCCCAGUAAUCCUCAUGAAAGGGGAAACAAGGCAGCAACAAAGGAUACAACCCAAAUACUCAGGAACCUACACUUCCAAAGUCAGUACCAUGAUGAACACAGACAUACCAGGCUCCCAAAAGAUAAUGAGAAAGGAAAGGUAGAAGUUCUGCAACAAUACCUAGGGAUCCAUUCUCCUUCAUCUGGACCUCGAGGCAUAAUCCCCUCUGCCUUCAGUGGGGAAAAGAUACAAUCUUCAUUAAUGAAAGAUGGAGCCAGGCCCAGCACCUCAGGAAACAGCAGCAGAGGAAAAAGCAUAUCUCCUCAGAGACAAAAAGGCUCAAACAGCCCUGUGCAGGAAGAGUCUAAGAAAGAAAAUCUUAAGCAUCCUUCAAAGAGGAGAGUAAACAUUAAAAAAUCUCACCCCUACAGCCCUGAAAGUGUCCAGGAAUUUAUGGAUCGGAAGAAGGAAGAAAGAAAGAAAAAAAGCCUAGAAGAGAAAAAGUCUUUGGUGCAGGCUACAGAGAUGAGAAAUAAGAGAUUGCAAGAAGUAUACAGGAAACAGAAAGAAGCUAUUGGAAAGAAAACGUGUUCUGACCAGAUGUGCAAGCUCCUCGGGGAAACACCUUCUGCAAAAGAAAGUCCACAGUGUCAGUUUGAGCGAGAGCAAUCCAGUGGCAGGAUCCUGGAGAGGAGUUUCAUGGCCUGGAUGGAUAAAAAAGCCUGUACUCUAUCAAGCAAAGAUCACAGAGGCAGCAGGAAUAAACUUCUAGAAACAGUUGAAUCACCUAAAAAAAGAGAGGCAUUAACUCCUCCAGCACCAUUGGUAUCUGAAAGCUAUCUCUUCAGUCCUCUGAAAUUUGAAGACUUGUAUUGCUCUCCCCCAGCUCUGCAGAUGACUCCUUUCAGCUUUUCUCCUCCUCAGAAAGAUGUAAAACCUUACUCCAAGGACCCUACUCCUGGUCUUUCUCCAUAUCGAAGUAAACAGGAUCGAGUGAAAGCCAUACAUAGUCUGUCCAAGGAACUGGCAGAAAAGAUUGAGAUGGCAACUACGAGACUGAAUGCAGCAAGCUGGGUUAAAGACUCUGCUGAUGAAACAUUGGCAGAGACAACUUUGGACCUUUACAAUGAGUCAUCUCCUGUCACAGAACCUGAGACAUUCAAGGAUGAGCAAGACAGGACCAUGACUAUACAAAUGCUUCUGGAUGCCCCAGAUCCUGAUGUGUUAUGUGUAUCAUCAGAUAGGAUUAGCCCUGUGGGUAGACAGAAGGCUGCUCAUUUGCCUGGUGGGAGUGCUACAAGCAAAGACCUACUAUGGAUCCCUCACAGCACAGGACAGAGACAUCUCAGCACUGGGAAAGACCUGAGCAAUACAUUGCAAGGUUUUCCUGUGAAUAAGGGUGCCAAAGUGGACAUAAGCCUAUUGCAUGAAAAGCCAAUAACCAGCCCAGCCUCUCCAUCUCCCAGAUUCCUCACUCAAAGUCUACAGAGAGAACUCAUGGCUCAGAGAAAUCCCUACCAGUGGGAGACUACUUUGAAAGAUCAGAAUGAAUUGGAGAUGGCCAAGCAGCCUCUCAGAAAGAGCCUGAGGACACUGGAGAGCCUCACCUUACAGCCCUCUGCCACUCUGAGCACUGGAGCUGAGACCCAGGACGGCAGCUUUGAGCAGGACUUUGUUGGGAAAGACCCUAGCUGCAUGGAACUGGAAGAGAAAUACAGGAGCCAUCUGGACAAUUUGAGGCAAAGCUCCCUACUACUGGCUCACAAACUGAAGGUCUAUCAGCUCCAGCAGCAACAGCAGCUUACAGAGCUGAGGGAGAAAGCAAAUUUAGAGGUUCAAGAAAGCCAGAGGUUUUUGAGUGACCUGCUUCAGCACAAUUCAGAGGAAUGCAGUAGCUCCAACGGGAGUUGUCCUUCCGUGCCAAGAUCAGAGAAUUUGGAGCAAACGUGGGGAGGAUGCCCAUCAGAGGGUGACAAUGCAGCUGACAGCAAUCAAGAAAUGCAUUCACUAAAACAACCUGCAUUGAAGACAGAAAGAUAUCACAGUCCAGUAGAUCCCAAAAUGGCAGGAGAAAGAAAACCUCUGGGAGGAAGAGGUUCACAUUGCUCAGUGCAUCAAGAAGGUUCUCUGCCAACAGAGCAUCCACCAUGCAACCAUCAAACCUUGAAUCUGUUGUCACCUCUGGUGAAUCUGCCCCAUGGGGAGUCUUGUGCCAGGGAUGACUCUGGAGAAAGCAGCGAACUGGAGAGCUCCAAGAGCCAGUGGAGCAAAGACGGCCGGCACUACGGAGGCUCCAGCACCUUUUGUCGGUUCAGCUUGGCCAUGGCAGAGCAGUGUCUGAGGGGAGAAGAGCUGCGAGCUCGACACCAGGCUGCCCUCCUCAAGCUCCGCAAAAAAGCUCUCCAGGAGAAAGCCAAGGCUGAGUUGGCCUGGCUGGGCCACCAGAAACGCUAUCUGGAAAACCUGCAGGAUAGCAAGGGAGCUUCUGCUAUGGCUGCAAAGCAGCGCAGAAUCCAAAUGGAGCUGAAACAGGAGCAGGCAGAAAUCCAGCACCUGCAAAACCUCUAUAGAGCAGCCCAUCAGGAAAGGAAGCUCUUACUAAGGCAGCAAAGAGAAAUCUUAAUGAUGCAGCAUUCAACAGCACAACUCCAGGAAAAGCUGUAUCGUUUGGGUGGAAAGCAAAAGGUCACUAAGUCACAGUCACUAGAAGUCUUGCACACAAGGACCCCAGCAGCUGAAGAAGCAAUAAAGUUGACAUCAAGGAGACUUGUUUCUAGCCCAAAGUUAUAUUCCUCCUCAGCACAAUCUACAGCCCACUCAGAAAGACACAAUCUGUUGGGGAAUAAAGAGAAUUGUGUCCAGCUAAAGAAUAAACGAAGCAAAAAAUAUGAAGGCUUUUCUUCUGAGAACAAGAAAACACUGGUACAAUACCAAAACCAGGUAGAGGAAUCCCCAGACUUGGAGCAGUCCCUUGAUGUGCAAGGUCCUGAUGUGUCUGAAGCAGUGGCCAAGACAGUGUGUGGUGCUAUUAGUCGAACUGCAGGCUCAGUCUUUAUGAUUCACGACUGCAAAACCACAGAGCUUAAUGCUCAGAAUCAUGUUUUACUACCUCUGGACUAUGCAAAUUCAACUGGAAUGGAUGAACCUAUAACUACACCUAUUGGAAGAGAAGGCAGAAAAUGUGUAUUUCAGGAAUCUGUGCUGGAUGAAAAGUCACGUAUUUCAAACCCAAAGAUAGAUCCUAAAGACAAUGAAGAUAUUAAUCCAUGUGACAGCAAGUUCACAGCGAAAGGCUUGGGGGUGCUUUCUACUUUGUGUAACUUAUGCCUAAACAAGGUGGAAAAUACUCUUCAAGGAACUGGUGAGGCUACAUCACCUUUAAAACAUCUAGAGAAAGAGUCUCUGAUAGCAGAGAAAGCACACAAGGAGCAGAGAAGUCCUAAAACUUCAAGACACGAGCAAGACCUCUGCAGUCCAGUUCAGGCAUGUGACAAGAAAGAUCUUUCUUCUGAUGGUGAAGAUGGGGAAAGAAGAUACAUAAAUGAAAAAGCAUCUUCUGAAAGCCCUUUGUCAGAAGUUAAAGAAGCAGAAGUGCCUGUCCCUUAUGAGCUCCAUCAGGUGGAUAGCAGUGAGGGUUUGCAGCAUUUGGACCAUAUUUCUUAUGAACCUUCUGAUGAAGAGCUACAUUUAAAAGUAUUUUCUGAAGGACUAACUCCCACGGAAUCCUUGUCCAAGUCAAACAAUUUCUCUCAGAGACAUGAAAGUGCCAAAUCCAACUCUUCGCUCCCAGAAUUUCAGAAAGUGUCUGCAGCUUGCAUUGACAUCUCAGAAAGUGCCAUUUCAGAUUCCAUAUUAGAGCUGGAAAAUGGAGAGGACACAGAUGUCAGUGCUCCAGAAGAGUUUGUCUAUGACAAUGAUGGUGCAUUUCCUAAUGCUUCAAGAGAGAUGCUAAUAGCGCUAAGUAAUGGAAAGGAAACUUUGCCUAGUGACAAACAUGAUGAACAUGAAGUGCCCACAGAUGACAGCACUGAGACUUCACCACACUCCCAGAAAUACCCUGGAGAUGACUCAGAUCGUUGCUGCACUGAUAAUUUGCUUGCUUUCAUUCCAUCAGAGAAAACAAAUGCCUCCAAAACAGAGUCAGCAGAUUCCUCCCAAGCUGAUAGCCCUGCCAGGGGAAUGGAUGAGCCACAGCUGGAUGCCUCAGAAAACUACAGUAGAAACAAAACCUCUUCUCAGGAGAUCACAAAACAAGGUAAAGAUGUAGCUGCCAGCUCUUCAUGCAGUGAUGAUAUUUACUCACCUGAGAUCUAUGAACAGCAGAAACCUAGUUCUACAACUAGCAGAGUGAAAAAGAAUGGUGGAAUUGACAGCUUAUUUGUGGAUCAAAAUAGAGACCCAAUGGAGUUUCUGCUGGCAUGUUCUUUGAAACACACAGACUUGGUUUCUGAUGAGCUUAGGAACACUGUUUCUUUUCCACCUGACAAAGAUAUUACAAAUAAGUUAUUACCAUGUCUGUCUCCAAGAAAUUUAUCUGUUUCAGGAGGUGAAAAUAAUCAUGCCCAGGUUCUGAAUGAGAGACUAGCACCCAGCAAGCUCAGUAAGAUUGUAUCUCUGUCCACAUCCAUGCCAGGAGUUUCUGAGGAAGCCCAUACAGAAACCAAUUCAUCUGAGUCUUUGCAAAGGGUGGCCACAGGAAAUCAAAGUAACUCGCCCAUUGAAAGGCAAGCUAUGAAGAAAGAAAGGAGUGGACUGUUUCCUUCUGUCUCCACAGGAAAGCAAUUGUUUCAUCCUGAGAACUGCAGUUCCAAAGGUGAAGAUGAAACACUUUUUAUCAGUGAUGAGGGUCCCAAUCCAACUGAUGAGCACACUUUGUCAGAAAUACUGUCUCCUGUUGAUGAAGUAUUGUCUUAUGGAAGUGCUGACUUGCCAUCUUCUAAUAAAAAGGAUUUGUCACUUCCAAGUGAAGAUCUUCUUCCUUCUCCACCUUUAGGUGCAGAUGCAAUAAAAAAUUAUGAUUCUGCCUUCAGUAUGGGUGACUUUCCAUCUCUUCCAGAAGAAAUGACAGUCUCAGAGACUGGACAUUAUGAGGAUGAAGAUUCAUCACUGCAGAUAGAGGUGUUACCCCCAUUACCUGGGAACACUGUGCCUGAAGAAUUUCCACUGGUCAAGCAAGAGACAGCUUUUUCGACUCAGGAUGGUAAUCUCUCAGAACAAUUCUUAGUUAAAGGUAUUUCCAGUGUAAAGGAGGACUUAUUAAAAUACCAACAGGGAGAACAUGAGACACCUUUGCAGCACUUGGAGUUUCUGCCUCUGUCAAAUCCUAUUUCUUCUGGUCAGGCCACUGAAUGUCCUGACUUCCCAAUGAAACAAUGCAAAACACUUUUAACACUGCCCAAAGCUGAGGAAGACAAUGAUGACCCAUUAUUAUCAUUUGAAAUUGGGGACAGAGUGCUAGUAAAGCAGACCCAGCCUGGAACCCUAAUGUUCAAAGGAUGGACUUGCUUUGAUAGUGGCUAUUGGGCUGGUGUUGCACUUGACAAAGCUGAAGGUGACAAUGAUGGAACCUACAAAGGGGUGAAGUAUUUUGAGAGUGCUCAGCACUGUGGUAUCUUUGUUAGACCUGAUGAGAUUUCACACCUGUUGGGGGCUAAUGAAAAUGGCUCUAAUUACAGUGGGGAUGAAGACUCUGACUCCUCCUGUGAUGAUGAAUUCUUUAAAGGAGACUGCAAAUACUCUGAAGACAGUGAGAGGGGAAGAGGGUUUACAGAGCAGAAAGCAGAAGACAAAAACAGUGCAGGAGGAUCAGAAGUGAAAGGCAAACAGUCCAGGCUGCACACUGCCUUGCUGUCUGGAAGAGGGCAAAAGCUUCCACAUUCUUAUCAGUGUAAGUGUAAUGAAUUCCUCCAUCAAAAUAACUCAAUGUCCAUGGGAUCAGACAAGGAAAAAACAGAACUGUCUCAAAUAAAACAAAGGAUACCUGCACAUGUGCUUCCUGUGAAAAGUAAGACCAGUAACACAGAUGAGGUAAACACAAGCAAAACUAUUUGUUGCUUGGUAGAAGAUCAGAAAAGAAAUAAACUUGCUGAUGACAUUGUGAGUGAACUCAGUAGAAAAGUUCUGUUUGACACUUUAAUUGCAUUUUCUGAAACAGCUCAACACAAAUAUAAAAGUGCCUUUGAAAAAGACAUGAUGAAUUAUGGCAAAGGCUUAAGACAAAAAGACAAUCAGAAGCUGUUUCUCCUCAAAGACAAUUCCAUCGCUAUCUUAUCUGAACAAUCAACAAAGGCUUCUGAUGUUUUACUGUGUGAUUUUGAUAUGCUCAGCAUUCAUGGUUGUCAUACAGCAGCAGAAAGAAUUGUAACCAAAUUUGUGGAUGAUGCAGUUAAUGAAUAUAAGAAGAUUAAAAGAAAACAUGGAUCAAAAGCUGAGAAGAUAUUUAAUUCAUCUUCAGAGACUUCAACCACUUGGCCAUUCCUUGUAAAAAUCCUUGAUGCUGGUAUUUUUGGGAGUUCUGACGACUUUGAUCAUCCAAACUCUGACCAAUAUACCCUUGUGAGACAACCACAAAAGCAACACUUGUACAAAUUAGAUCAAUGGCACUCGGCUCCUUGGAAGAAAACUGUGGAAGCUCCACUUGUGAUACCCCAUUACAGUUCAUAUGUCAAGAAAUUGUCUGCAUGUGCUGUAGAAGAAUUAUGGACCCCAGAAAACAUAUAUUCAAAUUUCAGGAGAAUCAAUGUGCCAAAGCACUUGGAAUAUAAUGAUCUCCCAGGGAAAGCCUUGGAAACAGAAAGUAUGAGGAUGUAUAAUCAGGUUAUACUUGACUUGACCCGUGAGCUGCUAUGUGGAGAGUAUCAAGUAACUGCAAAUCCAAAUACAUUUCCAUGGGUGAAGGAAAAUUUGAGAUCUCACUGUUCCAGACACUUUUGCAGAAGAACAGAUGUCAGUGAUGUCAAGACAUUUGUUCAGGGUGAAAUUACUAAAAUAAUGAACCUGGAAAAGAAUGACUUAGCAAUGAAAAGAAAACUCCUUAAUAUGACCAAGUAUGGAAACUGUAAGAGAGAUAGAGUGGACCUUAUUCUGAUUCAGGAGCUCCGUAAAGAAGAGCCUCAGUGGACUUGCUAUGAUGACGAUGAAUUAACUGUGAAGAUGCAAGUGACUGAAGACAUAUUUGAUAGCUUGAUCCUUGAUACAAUCAGAGUUCUUAAUAAGAUUUAUCUGAGAAAAGCCUCUGAUUAGAAUUUUUCCCUAAAAGGCCCUAAUGAGAGGAUUUUAAUCUCUGAUUUUUUUUUAGGCAAGAAAUGCAUGAUUUAAGAACUUUAAUUCUGAACUUGUGUCCAAUACCAGUGUGGCCUUGACCUAAUUUGUGUGCUCAUGUUUACAAUUAAAGGAUGCAAGCAGAGACUGCAGCAGAUAGAAAAAUACUACACAGAAUAUACUUCCUGGGUUUUGUGCUUUGGAAAUGCUCAAUAAGAUCAAUGCUUUCUUAGACUGACAUCACAAUCUUAUCCUCAUGGUUUUUUUGGUCAAGGUAACACUUCAUUUGCAUAUGCAUUUUAGGAGCACAACAUGUUUUGAAGUUGUAUACAAGCCUAUACAAACAGGGUUCAAAACCAAUUUAUGUGUAAAUUAAUCUUUGUUACCAUGUUCAGGUGAGUCUAAAUCCAUUCUAAAUCUUUUCCUGAUGGGUGCAGCAAAGUUAAAGGUGACUGUGCACCAUUUCUUUCAAUACAUUAUUAGGAGUUCAAAGUAGUCUGGAGAUAGCUUCAAAACAUGUGGGGUGAUCUUGCCCUGGCAGGAUCUAAAGCCAGACCUUCACUUUUCACACCUACAGCUUUAUGUAAAUGAGACAAAUAGGGAUGUAAUGCACUUUAAAUGAGACUUCUCUAUCAGUAACUCUGAUUUCUGGAAAUGAAAUAUGUGUGAUCAGGUUAUUUAUCAUGCAAUUCACAUCCCUCUGAAUCCUUAUUGCAUCGAAACAUAGGGUGCUGAGGAUGUACUUUAAUUGGCCAAACAGAGGAAAUCAAUAAUCCUAUUCUUUUGUAUUGGCAAAGCUGGAAGAAUCAAGAGUUUAAGAAGGAAAUAAAAGCAUUCCCUGAGCAUGGUAACUAUUAGCUAUGCAUACUGCUAUAGACUCACCUAUUUUUUCAUUGAGAAGAUACAUGAUACAUUUUUAUUUAUUAGGUUUUAAAAAAGAAAUACUCUGCAAAUAUUUCUGCCUGGAAUCCAGAAACUGUUCAUUAUUGUAUAAUGGAAUGGAAGUAGAUCUGAUUUAUUCAAAUUCCACUUUUUCAAGGUGUUUUUCAAAUGAAAACCAGGACAAUUAAAUGUAAACUUCUAAUUAAAAUAGCAAUAUUUACAAUCUGGUAUUGGUGGGGGGAAAUAGAAAUACAUCUUAUGUUUCUGGUUUCAAAUAGUGAUGAUUUAAGUGUUCUCAUACCAAAGUGUUUGUCUUCUGAAUAAACAAAAUAAACUCUAUACAUCUCAUUUCUAUUUAUUUUUACUGAAAUCAAUUAGAAUUGCAAAUUAAAUUGUAUACAUUGCUGUUCUCAUUAGUGGAUGGGAGUUGUUUUGUUUUGCAGGUGGCUCCCAAGGAUGUUAAAAAGCCCUGUCCUUUUAUUAUGAAAUAAAAAGGCAACUUGUGCCACAA